GGAGCCACUCAGGGGGGUCGGAAGAAAACGAGCGAGAUUUAAGACACUGAUAGGUGGCCGGGCUUUGUUCGGCUGCUCACUCUCGACGCCAGACGCGCGGGGCUCCGGCAGAGCGGCAUGGCCGGCGGGCGGGGGGCCCGGCUGGAAUGCCAGCAGCCCUGAGCGGACCCCUCCCGCGGCAGAGCAGCGAGGGGGCAGGGGGCGAGCGCCGGAGAGCAGCCUGCUCCGUCCUGCCGCGGCGGAAAGGAGGGAGCCAUUGCGCAAGGGGCCUGGCUGGAGCCGCUGGGGCAGUGAUGCGCAGGGCGCAGCCGGCAGUCCGCAGCCGCCGCCUCCCGCAGCAGCACUAGGAGGUGCCCCGGGACUAGCAGUUCUCCCCCUCCCCCCACAAACCCAUCAGGGCACCCCCCCCUCCCCCAAGCCGCUCCGGUCUCACCCCACCCCUCCAUUCCCUCCUUCCCGCCGCCAGAUGACCACCGAGAGCGGCCAGCAGCAGCGGGAGCCGCCGGCCCCUCUCCGCUCCUGCAGCCCGGCUCCCGGCGCGCUCCAGGCCGCCUUGAUGAGCCAGCCGCCCCCCUCCGCCCUGGAGACCUCCACCGGCAAGAGCAAGAAGGCCAGCUCGGGGCUGCGGCGGCCCGAGAAGCCCCCCUACUCCUACAUCGCCCUCAUCGUCAUGGCCAUCCAGAGCUCGCCCAGCAAGCGGCUGACGCUGAGCGAGAUCUACCAGUUCCUGCAAGCCCGCUUCCCCUUCUUCCGCGGCGCCUACCAGGGCUGGAAGAACUCGGUGCGCCACAACCUCUCGCUCAACGAGUGCUUCAUCAAGCUGCCCAAGGGGCUGGGCCGCCCGGGCAAGGGCCACUACUGGACCAUCGACCCGGCCAGCGAGUUCAUGUUCGAGGAGGGCUCCUUCCGACGCCGGCCCCGCGGCUUCCGCCGAAAGUGCCAGGCGCUCAAGCCCAUGUACCGCAUGAUGAACGGCCUCGGCUUCAGCGCCUCCAUCCUGCCCCAGGGCUUCGACUUCCAGGCGCCCUCGGCCUCCCUGGCGUGCCACGCCAACGGCUACAACCUCGACAUGAUGGCGAACCCCAUGGCCGGGGGCUACGAGGGGCACCACGUCCCUCACAUGUCCCCCAACCCGGGCUCGACCUACAUGGCCAGCUGCCCGGUGACUUCCAACGGGGACUACGGCCCCGACAGCAGCAGCAGCCCCGUGCCCUCCUCCCCCGCCCUGGCUAGUGCAAUCGAGGGCCAUUCCCCCUACCCGCGCCCCCCGGGGGCCCCUUCGUAUAUAAAGCAGCAGGCCCUUCCACCCGGCAACCCAGCCUCAGCGGGCCUCCACUCCAGCAUGUCCUCCUACUCUUUGGAGCAAAGCUACCUGCACCAAAACGCCAGGGAAGACCUGCCAGUGGGAUUGCCUCGCUACCAGCAUCAUUCUACCCCAGUGUGUGACAGGAAAGAUUUUGUUCUCAAUUUUAAUGGCAUUUCUUCUUUUCACCCUUCUGCUAGUGGAUCUUAUUAUCACCACCAUCACCAUCAAAGCGUCUGUCAAGAUAUCAAACCCUGUGUGAUGUGAACUUAACACUGUCAAAUAAAGACAAUCAGGUGGCUGUUUAACAAACGUGAGGUAUAGACAGACUCACGCAAAUAAAAUGUAAUGUGCACUCCUGAUAGCAUUGAAUUAGUACACAAGUCACUUAGCAAAAUUACAUAAGGCAGCACUGUGUUUACCAUUUUGUCCCCUGCCACACAGAAGGACAGAAAAAGAUGAUGGAAUGUUCCAAAGCUUUUUUGAAAGGUUUUCUUUUGUGUGCAUGUGUGUGUGUGCGUGUGUGUGUGCGUGCAUGGGAGGGCGGGGAAGGGUAUCUUUUAUAGGAAGUCUAUUCAAGUAAAUAAUAAAAUGCAUUUCUGUAAUCUUCGUUGUCCUAAAAAUUAGAGUAUGCAAAAAAGGUCAGUUCAGGGUUGUUGUUUUUUAAUUAAUAGAAACAAGUUUCGUUUGACUGGGGAAAAUCUGCCUCAAACCAACAACAGCGAGAAACUGCAUUUUUUAGUUGUUCCAGAGUUAAUUAAAAUGAACCUUUUUUUCAAAACACUUUUUAUGGACGCCAGCACCAAUCAAUAUUACUAAAAAUAUAUUGUUUAGACGUUUCGUGUAUAGCGUUUAAGAAAGUUCGUUUUUUCCAGUAUUGCAACAAUACAUUGUUUUUGUUUUUAUUUUUGCAAAGUUCUUUUCUACCACAGUAUUUUUAAAAGAAAUAUUUUAAAUACAUCUUGUGUAUACUCGCACACUUAACGGCUUUAAAAGGAGAAUAUAUUUGCACUUAUGUAUACUUUUUACAGUUUGCCAAAAAUAUUUUGAUGUACAAAUUCUUUUUCAAUAAAAUGUGUAUAAACGACAAUGCACUGAAUAGGCAU